GCGAUAAGGCAGUGGCUAUAUUAGUGUCUUCAUUGCGGAGACACGCAUGCCGCAGUGGGGGCUCGGGAUGGCCCCUGGCAUCCCCAGACUCUGUUCCCGUUCGGGCAUUUGCUGUGGGUAGCCAACCCGGACACGAUGCGACAGCCGGUGAUAAGGCAAGAUAAGGUAACGGUGACAGCCCGGUCCCGGCCGUGAGCGGCGUCGGCAGGUGAAUCGCAGAUCGAUGUUAUAUACCUUGGACAAUGCCUGCACUGCCGUCCAUCUUCCUUCCGAUCUCAUGACCGUACAGAUUCCAUCUCCUCUAGCCCUCCCAGUACCCAUUGGCCUGGCACACCUACGAUGGAAGCGGUGGAACACUCUGAUCACAGUCCGGCCCUAGGCCAGGGAGUCGGCUAUGGCAUCGUCCUGGGCCUUGGAGGCGUCUUCGCCCUGGGCAUGAUACUUGUCACCUUCAUCCUGCGCCGAUACAACCGUGAGCUCCAGACAUCCGAGAUGUUCAACACGGCUGGCCGCACCGUCAAAUCUGGUCUGGUCGCGGCAGCAGUGGUCUCGUCGUGGACCUGGGCGGCAACGCUGCUGCAGAGCACCGGCGUCUGCUACCGGUAUGGCGUCUCGGGCCCGUUCUGGUACGCGUCCGGCGCCACCGUCCAGAUCCUGCUGUUCGCCACGCUUGCCAUCGAGCUCAAGAGACGUGCACCCAACGCCCACACCUACCUCGAGAUCAUCAAGGCGCGAUACGGCACCUUUGCGCACAUCGUGUUCCUGGUCUUUGGGCUGGCGACCAACAUCCUGGUGUCUCUCAUGCUGAUCGUCGGCGGCUCGGCCACGGUCAAUGCCCUGACGGGCAUGCACACCAUAGCUGCGAUCUACCUCCUCCCGGUCGGCGUCGUCGCGUACACCCUCGUGGGCGGCCUGAAGGCGACCAUCCUGACGGACUGGGCACACACCUUCAUCUUGCUGAUCAUCAUCAUCGUCUUUUCGCUGACCGCAUAUGCUUCCCACGAUGUCCUGGGAUCGCCGGGUGCUGUCUAUGAUCUGUUGGUGCAGGCAGCAGCCCGGCACCCCGUCGAGGGCAACAAGGAUGGCAGUUAUCUUACCAUGCAGUCGCGCGAGGGCGCCAUCUUCUUUGUGAUCAACAUCGUUGGCAACUUCGGGACUGUGUUCCUCGACAACGGGUACUACAACAAGGCUAUCGCCGCGUCCCCGGUGCACGCGCUCCCGGGAUACAUCAUCGGCGGGCUGUGCUGGUUCGCCAUCCCGUGGUUGACAGCGACCACGAUGGGCCUGGCGGCGCUGGCCAUGGAAAACACGCCCUGGUUCCCCACCUUCCCCGACCGCAUGAGCGACGCCGACGUGAGUGCGGGGCUGGUGCUCCCCUACGCGGCCGUGGCGCUGCUCGGCAAGGGCGGCGCCGUGGGGACGCUGCUGAUCGUCUUCAUGGCCGUCACCAGCGCCACGUCGAGCCAGCUGAUCGCCGUCAGCACCAUCUGCACCUACGACCUUUACCGCACCUACUUCAACCCGGCCGCCAGCGGGCGCCGCCUCAUCUACAUGAGCCACGCCGUCGUGGUCGGCUACGGCAUCUUCAUUGCCACCUUCUCGGUCGGGCUGUGGUACGCCGGAAUCUCGAUGGGCUACUUGUACCUGAUGAUGGGUGUCAUCAUCUCGGCCGCCGUUCUCCCCGCCACGCUCACCUUGAUCUGGGCGGGCCAGAACAAGUGGGCCGCCUCCCUCUCGCCGAUCCUGGGCCUCGCCUGCGCGCUGAUCGCCUGGCUGGUGACGGCCAAACGCGAGUGCGGCAACCUGGGCGUCGAGUGCACGGGCUCCAACAACCCGAUGCUGGCGGGCAACGUGACCGCGCUGCUGGCGCCCAUCCCGCUGAUCGCCAUCUUCACACUAAUCUUCGGACUUGAUAAGUACGACUGGAAGUCGAUGAUGGCCAUCCGCCGCGGCGACGACCACGACAUCGCUGUCUCCGCGGGGCUCGAUGAUAUCGAGGAGAUACCCGGGCAGCAGCAGAAUACAGAGAGCAACGGCAGCGGUAGCGGUAGUGCAGCGUUCGAGGAAGAACAAAAGAAACUAGCUCGCGCAGGCAAGAUCAGCAAGACCGCCACGGUGGUGCUGACGCUUGCCUUCUUGGUGCUAUGGCCCAUGCCCAUGUAUGGGUCGGGUUAUAUUUUCAGCAAGCCGUUCUUCACCGGGUGGGUGACGGUCGGCAUCAUCUGGAUCUUCUGCUCGUUUAUUGGCGUCGGCUUGUUCCCUGUCUUUGAGAGCCGUGCUACGCUAGUGCGGACGGUCCGGAAUAUUUAUCGGGAUCUUACGGGUCGGUCGCAUCCCAGGACUAUCAAUGCGCAGCAGCUCGUUGGUGGGGAGGGGAGCAAGGCGCCUACGCCGGGGGAUGCGACGCCGACUAAUGAGAAGAAAGGGGGGAAGGAGGUUGUUGGGGCGGCGUAGUGGCCACCAUGCAUACCUACCUACUUUUAGUGUGGAGGGUUGUUUGAAUGCGAGAGGAUGGGGAGAGCACCGGCCAACUCGAGAAGGAGAUGGCCUAAUGUUUGGACAGAUAUUGAUACCCAUUUAGGCAGGAGGG